AUGCCAAAAAAUAACAAAGACAAAGGCAAAGGCAAGAAGCCCACCUUUGAUCAACCCUUGGAAAAGAUUACGGACGAUCCUCGUUUCGCCCACGUCCACAAUGACCCUCGCUUCAAGCGUCCCAGAAGAAAGGACGCCAAGGUCACGAUCGACAAUCGAUUCUCGUCCAUGCUAAAAUCGAGCGAAUUUGCCGAACAACCCAAGGUGGAUCGAUACGGUCGUCCUAUCGCACCUCAGACGGCCGAGAACGAGCUUAAGCGUUUCUAUGAAAUCGAAGACGAAGAAGAGUCCGACGAAGAAGAAGAAAAAACAUUGGAGGAACUAGAACGCGAGCUCGCAGAGGAUGAAGGCAAUUUAGAAGACGAAAAGAUACCUAUUGUUGCAAAGGCACGUAAGCCUCGAUACGAUCCUAUGCGUGGUCAAGGUGUCAUUGAGUCAUCUGACGAAUCGACGGACGAUGAAGCGUAUAGCGACGAAGAUUUAGAGCCUGAAGUAGAGGUUCCAACAGGCGACGCUACGUACCGAAUUGCGGCUGUCAAUAUGGACUGGGACAAAAUUAGAGCCAUCGAUAUUCUAAAAGUCUUGAACGCUUUUAAACCCACAACGUCGGUCAUUAAGCAGGUUGCUAUUUAUCCAUCCGAAUUUGGCAAGGAGCGUAUGGCCCGUGAAGAAAUGGAAGGCCCUCCAAAGGAGUUGUUCGAGAAGGAGACGGAUUCCAGCAAAAAAGAUCCAAAGAAAAAUGAAGAGGACGAAGAACACGAUGAAGAUUUUGAUCAGGAUGCCCUUCGCAAGUAUCAGUUGGAUCGCCUAAAGUACUAUUAUGCUGUGAUCGAGUGCGAUUCGGUACAAACUGCUCAAGCAGUUUACCAGUUAUGUGAUGGCAACGAAUACGAAGCUAGUGCCAACUUUUUCGACUUGCGCUAUAUACCCGAUGACAUGACCUUUGACGACGAGCCAAAGGAAGUGUGUACAUUUGCACCCGAAGAUUACAAACCAGCAAAGUUCUCGACCGAUGCUCUGCAACAUACCAAGGUCAAGUUGACUUGGGAUAUGGAUGACCAUCACCGUCUUGAACUAACUCGCCGCAACUUUACGGAGAACGAUUUGAGGGAUCUGGAUUUUGCUGCAUAUCUUGCUUCGUCAGACGAAGAUGAAUCAGAUGAUGAAGAAGAUGUAGAUGCACUACGCGAAAAGUAUCGAAAACUACUCAAUAACGUUGAAGACUCAGCAUUUGACAACCAUACAAACGAAGAAGAAGGUGAUAUGGAGGUCACAUUCACACCUGGUUUGACCGAAGCUGCCAGUGAAGCUGUCAACAAGCGUCUGAAUCCCGCUGAAGUAAAGGAGGAAACAACCGUUGAGACAUACAUGCGCAAGCAACGUGAGCGGAAACAAGCAAAGAAGGAACGACGACAGGCGGAACGUGAUGCUGAGGAAGACGAAGAAGAAGGAGGUAAAUCUAAACAUUCUGUUUUUGCAAUAGGAACGUAUGUGACGGUUAUCUAA